GCACGACCUAUCCGCAUCCGUAAGCUGAAAGACGCUCGAACGGCUGUUGCUACCUAGGAUUCGCACACCACCCACCCCUCCAAAAUCUUCAUCUGCUGGGUUGUCCUGGUCUCCUUCUCCUUCCCACAUUCAAUGCCCACAGCCUGACGGAGCCAGUUAUGACCACCAAAACUGUGCGGAGUAGGGGAAUCCCAAAGCAGUGAAAACACACCCGAGUCGACGACCAACACAAUCCAUUAUCCGGCAUAACGUUUGCCGCACCGCAUCCACAAACCGCUCCACGACAUGACCACUCUCUAAUAAGGCCCACACCACCCCUGCCAUGUGCCGCGUACCCAUACCGUUCCAACCAUUCCUGGCCUACAUACCAUGAGUAGCAGCUCGCGCCAGCGUUCUGCAACCAGAUCUGAUACCCACGACCGAAAUUCGAGCCCAUUCCCCUCCGUGCCACGAUCCAGAGACGAGAUUCACAAUAUCAACGGUCUCGUUUUCAACGUCAACGACCUGCCGAGCCAUACCUCGACGACGACGACGGCCGCGACGACUGCGACGACCAGACCCGUUCCUCCAACAGCAAAUAGCACAUCUGCCGUAUCACCGUACCCACAACCGAGAACCUCGUCCAACUAUCUCUCCGCCGGCGGUCUUCGCCCGAGGGCCUCGACUGCGAGCUCCGUCCCGACCACUCCUCUUCUUGGGCUCGACUCAGCGAGGCCAGCUACCAGAGCUGGCCCGCUCCCUCCCCCGCCGCCAAUGUAUCAAAACACCCAACGACAUGCCUCGUCGGCCGACCCCUCGAGGCCUUUCCAGGUCCCUCCGCCGCCGCCCCCCAUAUCACCACCCGUCCAGGGCCAGAUAAACAACAUGAUGUCGAUACCUCCUCCUCCCCCGAGGUUCCCCUCUGCCCCCGGCGCCACAGGUGGAACCGGCAUGAUGCUGCCACCGCCGCCAGGUCCGCCGCCGGGAAGCGCAAUGGCUGGCCAGGCCCCGUGGCACGGUGCCUUUGGACGCAUGUACGAUGGCCGUGGCGGCUUCAACGUGCCCCCUCCCCCGCUGGGACAACAUCAGGCCUACAACCCCAAGCUGCAUGCACAAGUCGCGACAGGCACAACGCUUUCAAUACCGCCUCCGCCACCACCCAACGACCACGGCCAGAUGUCUGCCACCUACAUACCGCAAGGCGACACCUAUGGCGAAGGAGUGGGCAUACCGGGGCUGGGCGGCUUCGACGACUCGGCCACAUUCUCGGCCACGUCCCAGAACUCGUGGCCUACCAACAGCCAGGCCAGUGGCGACACGACCAUGACGACGCCGCAAGACGAGAUGUCGGGAAGGGAUAGGCUUUACGCACAAGCCAUGCACAGUCGCGGCUUGUCGACGACAUCAACUGCGACGGUGGCGUCAAGUAACUAUAUGGACCUGGCAGCCCAAUGGCCGUUGGACAAGGUCUUGAUGUGGCUCGCCGCCAACCAUUUCUCCAAGGACUGGCAGGAGACGUUCAAGGGACUGAACCUACACGGCGCCCACUUCCUCGAGCUCGGUAGCGCACACGGCGGCCGAGGAAACUUCGGCAUGAUGCACCAGCAAGUCUACCCAAGGUUGGCCGUCGAGUGCACAAAUAGCGGGACGGGAUGGGACCAGCCGCGGGAGCGCGAGGAAGGCAAGAGAAUGCGACGUCUUAUACGAAGCAUCGUGACGGGCCGGCCAGCCGACCCCUCCAAAGUAUUGUCGCAUGGCCGCAAGGAGUCGGUCAGCCACGGAAACAGCUUACCCAGCGCUGGGACGGACAUGGCAGAAUCCCCCAACGUGAGUAUGAUAACCCGUGUGGGUGAACAUGCGAAGGCUGAUGGACGGCAGACGCCGAUCAAGGCGCCCGGGCCUGGGUUUGGCGGACGCCGGUUUUCGCAAACCAGGUCCACGACCAUGCCUACCUUGAACAGCUCCAUGAGUUCGGAUUCUAACCACAGAAACGUCCUGAAGCAACUCGAUGUCGAUGGCACCCGCCGACAUAGCCCCAACGCCAGCGAGUCCGGCGACGGCACGUUCCGCCCGCCGCCGCUGCGGACCGACAGCCCCAACGGCAGUCCAAAUCCCCAGAGCGCAUCAUUGUUUCCUUCGUCCGCCGGUCAAACGUCGGCCUCCCCGCAUUCGACCAAGUUCGGACACCGGUCGAGAAACAGCACAGAUUCCGUGUCAUCGAGUGCAGCCAUUUACGGGUCCGGCGUGCCCCCAGAGGCCAGUCAGAUGCUCCGCAGCGGCAUGAACAUAGCAGACAUCAUCCAAGCGACCCGCAACAACGGUGAUACCCGCCGGCUCGGUCAGGAUGGUGGCCGUCCAUCGCCGCAGGAGUCCAAUGGAGACCGCUCUGCCGGCACCGAACCCCCUUCCUCCGCCAAAGACUCAAAGAGCUUCCUCAGCUUCUUGUCGAGGAAGAAGAAGCAGAAGGAGGAUGGCUUCCCGAGCCCCGAUGACAUGGAAUCGCCGACAUCCCCUGCACUCAACUUCAAGCCACACUCGUUCGGUUCACGCUUCGGCAACAACAGCGAGACUUCUCUGGACCUCCGACCUGGUUCCAGCGUCGACGUUCACGAUAAGGAUGCAGCCAAGUCGAGGCGUCCUGGGCCGAACAGGGUCUUCGUGUUGGCCACCACAGACGGAUUCAACUAUCGUAUGUGCGACAUCACUGAAGCCGAGUCGGCGAAUGAGCUUCGUCAGAUUAUCUGCAGCAAUCUGGGGUUGACGGAUGUUACGAGUUCUCAGAUUCAUCUCACCGAGCUUGGCAAGUCCAGUCAUGACAACCCCCUCGACGACCAGAAGCUCCUCAACAACCGCAAACACAGGGCAGACGCUACGGGAUCUCUCAAGUUCUUCGUUCGUCCUACUGGCGCUGUGCCUCAGGGCCUCUCAAACGCCACCGGCACACAGUCGCAUACGUCCCUCGACGAGGAGGCGUACAAUCGUCUCAACGGUGUGUCCCGCACGAGGUCUAGUUCAUCUCCGCCGACGUCGAGGCAGAACACGAUGACUGGCGAGAGAGUAGAUGACAAAAUGCUCGCGCAAGAGGCAAGCGAGUACCGUGCUGAGAUGGAACGGAAGCAGCGCGAGUACCUUGAGAAAAGACGACGAGCAGCCGGCCCUGGCAGCACGCCGGAGAGCGCGACCACGCCGUACGGUAUACAUGGAAGGACUGUCGACUUUGAUCAGCCGCGCCAGUCCCCGUACGAGGACAAGAAGCCGGACGUGCUUUUCCCCGUGCGGAAGCCUCCCGCGCCACCGAGCGAUCCAUCGGCGACGUUGCUCAAGGCCAACUCCCUGAGCAGGAAGUCGGGCCACUCUCUACGGUCGUCGGACGGCUUGUCUGCGCCUCGACGACCCUCUACUCUAUUUGAAGACAUGGAGCUCCCCGGGCAGAACAAUGGAGACAGGAGGAAGAAGACGUCGAGCCAGCCCGUCGCCGGUAUUGGCGCAGCGCUCGUCGGCAUGGGCAGAGGUCUUGGAGCGGUUGGCGCCACGGCCAACCGGAGGUCCAAGUCGCCUAACCGAGUAUCUUCGCAGUCGGUCCUCGGCAGCGAGUACUCAGACAGAGGUAAGGGAGCUAUUUCAUCAGUCGACUUUGCCAAGUCUUUUUCGGGUCGAGACAGUCCCCAGUCGGCGUUGUCUGGUUCACCCGGCACCCUCACCUGGAGCCGUGGGAACAUGCCUUUUUUCGUACCGGAUUAUUCCCCUGGGGGGACUCCGAUGCCGAGAAGGCGAUCUAAGAAUGGAAUGGCAGCUAAAACAACCCCAGCAGUACACAGAGUGCCCUCGCGAGAGAUCAGCCCCAGCACCAUGAACCCACCACAAUUCCCCCCGCCAAGUGCACCACCCCCACCCCAUCGUCGUAAGUCCCAUGGGCCUGACUUUGACUUCCUCGAGUCGGACGUCAACUUUGAGAGGCCUGCGCCUCAGCACAAUGACGAUUCGGGAGAUGACUCGGAUGAUGGCCUGUUUGCCAUCCCAAUAUCGGCUCGCAAGCCAACCAAGAUCACCCGCAUCUUUGACGGUGACGACUCGUCCGAUGAGUCGAGCGACAAGCGGCCCAACCUGACUGUGAACACGUCCAGAUCUAAGAAGCAGCUUUCGGUGUCUUUCAACUCGCCCAAGUCGUUGGGCAGCGGCAACCAGAACGGGACACCCGAAGGUGAGGAGGAUGCGGCGAGUACCAGGAGCGGCAAGAGCUCGCGAAGGACUCCGAACACGCCUGCCUCCGAGAACUGGGAGUCGGAGGACAGCAAGCUAAGCCGGAGAAAGUCGUUUGUCGAGAAGGACGUCUGGGCCAAUCGUCCGACCACGGAUGCCCUCAUCAACAACCUCGACGACUUCUUCCCGAACCUGGAUCUCGACCUGCCAGUGCUAGAAGAGGGCGAGGCGGAGGCCAACCCGCCGUCGCCAAUCGCCGAAGGCGAAGAGAAAGAGGUGUCUGCGCGUCCCCCGCCGCCUGCCCAGUCAACGCCGAGCCUUCGUACUGCCAUCAGUAGCAACCGAACAUUCUACAACGACAACGACACGCUGGGCUCGGAUGAGUCUACUCUGAAGGCACUUGAGCGCCCCGCUUCGGUCGCGUCUGUUGCGCAAAGGAGCGUCAGACGCUCGGGCGGUCUUGGGCGUAUGAAGUCAAUCCGUGAAGUCGCUCGCGGCGCUCACGAGGCCAACAAGCGGUUCACGACGACGACAACACAACCCGGCCAGUCUACUCAGAACACAUCGCCCCUCAUGAGGCGGAAGAGCACAAAGAUGUUCAACGCCAACAUUGUGCAGAUCCGCCCGGAUCAGCGCGGCAGCAUGGUGAUGCCACAGAUUCCUCAAGACACCAUUCCCAAGCGCCAAACGACGUUCCGAUGGUUCAAGGGUCAGCUCAUAGGCAAGGGAACCUACGGCCGUGUGUACCUCGGCAUGAAUGCCACGACUGGGGAGUUCCUGGCUGUCAAGGAAGUCGAGGUCAACCCCAAGGCGGCCCAGGGAGACAAGGCCAAGAUGCGCGAGCUGGUAGCCGCCCUCGACCAGGAGAUUGAAACGAUGCAGCAUCUCGACCACGUCAACAUUGUGCAGUACCUUGGGUGUGAGCGCAAAGAGACAUCCAUCAGCAUCUUUCUCGAGUACAUAUCUGGCGGCAGCAUCGGGUCGUGCCUGCGGAAGCACGGCAAGUUUGAGGAGUCUGUCGUGUCGUCGCUUACGCGACAGAUGCUGUCCGGUCUGGCGUAUCUCCACAGGGAAGGCAUCCUGCAUCGUGACCUGAAGGCCGACAACAUCUUGCUGGACCUCGACGGGACCUGCAAGAUUUCUGAUUUCGGCAUCUCGAAGAAGACGGACAACAUCUACGGCAACGACAAAUCAAACUCGAUGCAGGGCUCCGUCUUCUGGAUGGCGCCGGAGGUGAUUCGCUCUGAGGGCAAGGGUUACAGCGCCAAGGUUGACAUCUGGAGUUUGGGAUGUGUCGUGUUGGAGAUGUUCGCUGGUCGGCGACCCUGGUCGAAGGAAGAGGCUGUGGGAGCCAUCUACAAGAUCGCCAACGGCGAGACGCCGCCAAUCCCCGACGAGGUCCGGGCAACGAUUAGUCCACUGGCCAUCGCUUUUAUGCUGGACUGUUUCACUGUAAACCCGCUUGAGCGGCCCACGGCAGAUGUGUUGCUGUCGCAACAUCCCUUCUGCGAGCUGGACCCCAACUACAACUUCUUCGACACCGAGCUCUACUCAAAGAUCCGUGGCAAAGACGUUUAGGGGACACGGAGACUGCGAUGGGGAAAAUAGCAGCUGAUGAGGAGGCAAAAAGAGGGGGACGGAUAAGCUUCCUAGCGUCAUCUGGUUCCCGGGAAGGAAGGGAGCUUUGCUUCCUCGGAGUGGAAGGGAAUAAUCUUGCAAGGACCGAUAUAUUUCGGACGCUCGUUGGGACGUUUGCAGCGAUGGCGCAUGAGCGGGGAAAUGCAUUGGAUUCGACGGUUUCGCUGAGCGAGUGCGUCAUGUUGAUUCCGUCGUACAAGGUUCUUGGAUUUUAAGAGCAAGCGGGUUUUCUCUUUUGCUGCGGUAUAUAAACAUCUCUCGAGGAUUAUCACUUGAAUUGGGGACGAAAGAUUCCGUGUCGACUUGCCUAUGCAGCAUUCGUACCUAGGCGCUGUGGUAGAGUAGACGGAGCAAAACAGGCUGUUUCCGUCUCAUUCAACAAAUCUUGGAACCGGCGACACAACCUGAGAUCGCCAGACAGUAGUACGUUCGAUCCGUGCCCCAUGAGAUCGAGGCGCUCGAGAAGAAGAAGCCAGGAGGAACCUGCCGGCGUCGCCUUUUUUGUGGAGGAGCGACGUUGCAUGGGUACAUACAGCGGCAUGACAUCCAUCACCACCAUCACCGCCUUCCCGAAAAGACCGGCUUAAUGUCACCUGCACCGUCGAAUUUUCCCAGCCCUUUUCUCUCCCUUCA